ACAAACUGGUUACCAGGAGAGAAAGAUGCCAGAUGUCUGCUGUCAGCAGGUACCCGGACAGAGCAGAGAGGAGACUGGAAGUAUCUCCACAAGGCCAGAAGCCAUGCAAGUCCCAGGAGCACCGGUGGAUACUCCUUGCGGAUGCCCCUGCGCAGAACAGCCUCAUCUCAGCAACUCCGUACCCAGAAUGCCCUGCACUGAGGCCCCUCAGCCUAUCCCAGCAAGUACCACCACCACAACCACCAUCAUUGCCGUGGGGCCCACUGGGCGUCUCAGUAUCUCUACGGAGGGUGACCUGGAAUGCUUGGUGUGCCGAGAGCCCUACAACUGUGCCCGGUCCCCCAAGCUGCUGAGCUGUCAGCAUGCCUUCUGUGCCGUGUGCCUGAAGCUUCUCCUAUACGUGCAGGAAGACACCUGGUCCAUCCCCUGUCCACUGUGCCGAAAGAUCACUUCCGUCCCAGGAGGCCUUAUCUGCAGCCUUCGAGACCAGGAGGUGAUGGUACGGCGGCUGGCCCUGCCAUGCCCAGAGGUGCGCUUGUGUCCCCAGGGGCUAGUGGGUUCUGCCCCUUCAGCAGCUCGGCCAGCCAACUGGACAGGAGAAGAUGAUCAGGAUGUAGUAAGUGUCAACCGUGUAGCUGCCCGGCGCCUGGCUGUACACCUGCUCUUAUUGGCUCUUCUCAUUGUCCUUAUUCUGCCUUUCAUCUAUCCGGGCGUCAUCCGGUGGGUGCUAGCCUUCAUCAUCGCCACGGCGCUGCUGAUGUCCACCCUAUUCUGUUGUUACCCCCACAGUCAGAGCAACAACUGGCCUUGCCCCAGGACUCUGUUCUGCCGAGAGCAAAAGCAAGCCCAGAUCACUUCUAUUGCUUGAGAGAUCUGGAUUCCUAAAGGCCUUGUGCUACACUGGCGGGAUCCCCGUUCCCCAGAUCUCACAACCAGCAUGGGAAAUGGGCUAGGAGCCUCCCCCUUGAAAUCACGUGUGAACUGGACUUGUAUGCCAAAGCCAGACUGGCUGUGUUGGAUCAAGGACUCAGUGCUGGGACAAUGGGCUUGCAUACGCCUGUCCUUAUGUAGGAUAACUAAACUUUUAGGGGAAAAGGGAGGAGACAAUUCCCCCAAAUGAGUGACUUCAAGGGCAGUGGAGUCCCUACCCCUCUUCCUGAGCUCCUGGGUUUUAGAUACAUCACUCUGUGGACAUAUUGGACAUAUUGGGACAUUGACCUUACUACAAAGCAAAUAGAACCAGCGCUCUUUUGUAA